GCCGCGGCGCAGGCGCGGUGCGGGCGGCCUGGCCGGGUGCCGCCAUGCCGACUGUCAGCGUGAAGCGGGACGUGCUGUUCCAGGCGCUGGGCCGGAGCUACACCGAUGAAGAAUUUAAUGACCUUUGCUUUGAGUUUGGUUUGGAGCUUGAUGAAAUUACAUCUGAGAAAGACAUUAUAAGUAAAGAAAAAGGUGCAGAAAAGGCAAAGGGUGCAUCUGAUACCAUUCUCUAUAAAAUCGAUGUUCCUGCCAACCGUUACGAUCUUCUUUGCCUUGAAGGGUUGGUCCGAGGACUGCAGGUCUUUAAAGAAAGGAUAAAUCUCCCGAGGUAUGAAAAGAUAAUACCAGCUCAGGGUGAAGGUCAGAAGCUGAUUAUCACCAAAGAGACUGCCAAAGUCCGUCCUCAUGCUGUAGCUGCAGUCCUUCGUAAUAUAACUUUUACCAAGGAACGUUACGAUAGUUUCAUUGACCUUCAAGAGAAACUACACCAAAAUAUUUGCAGGAGAAGAGCUUUAGUAGCAAUAGGUACCCAUGACUUGGACACCAUCUCUGGUCCAUUUACUUUUACAGCUAAAGCACCUUCUGAAAUUAAAUUCAAGCCCUUGAAUCAAUCCCAGGAGUACACUGCUUCACAAAUCAUGGAUCUGUACAGGACUGACAGCCACCUUCGGCACUAUUUACACCUGAUUGAAAACAAGCCACUUUAUCCUGUCAUUUACGACAGCAACGGCGUCGUUCUGUCCAUGCCACCAAUCAUCAAUGGAGAUCAUACAAAAAUAAGCCUAAACACCAGAAAUGUGUUUAUUGAAUGUACAGGCACAGAUAUAACAAAGGCAAAAAUUGUUCUUGAUAUUAUAGUCACGAUGUUUAGUGAAUAUUGUGAGAAGCCAUUCAGUGUUGAAGCAGCAGAAGUAGUUUAUCCUAACGGGAAGACCCACAUCUAUCCGGAGCUGGCUUACCGAAAAGAGAAGGUGAAACCUGAACUCAUUAACAAGAAAAUCGGAAUCAAUGAAACUCCAUCAAGCCUUGCAAAGCUGCUGACUAGGAUGUGUUUGAAGUCACACGCCAUAGAGAAUGGGAACAACAUAGAGAUCGAAAUCCCUCCUACGAGAGCUGACGUUAUCCACGCAUGUGAUAUCAUCGAAGAUGCGGCAAUAGCUUACGGUUAUAACAACAUUCAGAUGACUAUUCCGAAAACAUACACCAUAGCUAAUCAACUCCCUCUCAAUAAGCUCACAGAACUUCUGAGGCUGGACUUGGCAGCUGCUGGAUUCACUGAAGCACUCACUUUUGCUCUGUGUUCCCAAGAAGACAUUGCAGAUAAACUUGGCACCAAUAUCUCUACAACAAAAGCAGUGUGCAUAGCAAACCCCAAAACUGCAGAAUUUCAGGUGGCACGUACAACCCUUCUUCCUGGGCUACUGAAAACGAUUGCUGCUAACCGAAAGAUGCCCUUGCCUCUCAAACUCUUUGAGAUUUCUGACAUUGUAGUGAAAGAUCCCAAUACAGAUGUAGGUGCAAGAAACUACAGGCAUUUCUGUGCAGUUUAUUACAACAAAAGCCCAGGAUUUGAGAUUAUCCAUGGUUUGCUGGACAGGGUCAUGCAGCUCCUUGAAGUACCACCAAACAAAGAGAAUGGCUACACGAUCAAGGCAACUGAAGGCUCCGCUUUCUUUCCUGGUCGCUGUGCCGAGAUCUUUGCCAAAGGUCAGAGCAUUGGGAAACUCGGAGUCCUACACCCUGAUGUUAUCACCAAGUUUGAGCUCACCAUGCCGUGCUCUGCCCUGGAGAUCAAUAUUGGGCCCUUCGUGUGAAGAUGGGACUUUUAUCCUCCUCCAGCCACCCACGGGCACAUGCAGCACCGUCUGCUCUUUUGUCUUCCUCGGCAGGGCUUUUAUGGAACAUGCUUUUAUAUUCCAAUAAACUAAGAAAACAGA